GCUGCAAGCAUGCUUGUUUCCUUAGAUACAUAGAUACUAAGCUUUUUAUGUUCUUUACUGUGCAUGUUUUUGUGUGUGGAAUUUAUUUGAUGAUUUCUUUGAACUUGAUGAAUUGUGAAGUUUGUGGAAUAUACUUUGUUGUAUAUUAGUUCUGCAAGUUAUUAAUUUCAGUGGCUGAAGUAACAUGAUGUGAUUGCUAGCUUUACUGUACUUAAUUAGUACAGUUAGUGGUGUUUGAAUUAAGGCAACAACACAUAAGACAUUUUCUUUAUGAUUGCCAUUUGUUCUAAACCUAUGGACAUGUGUGUCAGCGUUUAGGUUUCUGAGGGAAGUCAAUUCCCUAGUCAGACACUUGACUUGUAUUAUUUAAUUUUAUACUGGUUUCUUGUGUGGACAGAAAUGGAACUUUAUGAGAAGAUAAAACCACAUACAAUGUUCAAGAAAAAGAAAAAGCCUGCGAUUUCUGGCCCUUCGAACUUUGAGCACCGAGUGCAUACGGGGUUUGAUCACAACCAGGGCCGGUUUGUGGGUCUGCCGCAGCAAUGGCAGAGUGUCGUGAACACCGAGGACUCGUCAAGGCGACGACCCAUGGUUGACCCCUCCAGCAUUACCCCUGUAGAGAUACAGCCAUUGAAGACUAUCAUUCGUGGGAACUCCAACGCCCAGGUAAACGGCUCGAGCAUGGGGAUGCCAGGCGGAAUCUCAGUUGCCCGGUCAAACUCCCUACGUAACAGCAGCCCACCGCAGCGUCGUCGGUACCAGCCCGACCAAAAUUACCCGCCCCUGCAGGAGGAUGGACCCAUUGUUGGCAUGCCCCCGCCCCCUCGGGUUGGCCAACAAGGAGGGUACCCACAGUAUCCUGGCCCUCCUCCUUAUAACCGCGAGAACCGUGACCCGCGGGAUCCAUACCAAGAGCAGUAUAAUAAACAGGAUAACAGGGAUCCCAGAAACAUGUAUCCCCCAGAGAAAAAUAAUCAAAUGCGAGAUAACCGCUAUCCCAACGAUCCCCGUUAUCCGCAGAAUGAUCGUUAUGAUGCGAGGGGAGAGUAUCCAGAUAGGCUACAGCCACCACGGGAUGAUUACAGAGGUUCUCAUCCUAACAGCCGUGAUCAAAGUUUUGAGGACAGAAGAUCUGAACAUUCAUAUAGACAACAUAAUGAUUCAUAUGACGGCAAUUCACUGCGCCGUGAUCCCCACGAUAUGUCACCCCCUCGCAACAAUCAAAUACCCCCAGGUGGUCGCAGUCCGACCAAUCCUCCAAUGUCAGGUUACCAUGACAACAGAUAUCCCCAGCAACAGCAGCAACAACAGCAGCCAUAUCCUAAUGGCACGUUGUCACGGCAACCCCAGCUUCAGCAACCACCUCAAAACCUUCCUGGCUAUGAUACUGCGAGAAGGCAGCAGCAGCAGCAACAACAGACACAGCCGGGCUACCCGGCUCCCGGUCACCAACAGUUCAGCCCUCCGGAUCGGAUGGGUGGUAAUCAGGUACUCCCCCACCAGCCACCCGCACCGCAUGUCUCCCCGCGGGGCAUGCAGGGGCCACCCACCCCUCCCAAAUCACCGCAUAGCAAACCCCCACCCCCUGCAGCUGGGAAUGGAAUGCCAGAGCAGCAGAGACUCUCCCAUGAACAGUUCCGUGCAGCGCUACAGAUGGUGGUCAGCCCGGGUGAUCCCAGAGACGAGCUUGAAAACUUUGUCAAGAUUGGUGAAGGCUCCACUGGCAUUGUGUGCAUCGCUAAAAGGAGAUAUGACGGUCGCACAGUGGCUGUUAAAAAGAUGGACUUACGACGGCAACAGAGGAGAGAGCUAUUGUUCAAUGAGGUUGUCAUCAUGCGAGACUACCACCACGCCCACAUCGUGGAAAUGAUCGACAGCUUCCUCGUCAACGACGAACUCUGGGUCGUCAUGGAGUUCUUGGAAGGGGGAGCACUCACAGACAUUGUAACACACAACAAGAUGGAUGAGACGCAGAUAGCGACGGUGUGCAAGGCCUGUCUGAAGGCGCUGGCGUUCCUACAUUCCAACGGUGUCAUACACAGAGAUAUCAAGUCUGACUCCAUCCUCCUGGCACAUGACGGCAAGGUGAAGUUGUCUGAUUUUGGUUUCUGUGCGCAAGUAUCCCAGGAGUUACCAAAACGCAAGUCCUUGGUGGGAACGCCAUAUUGGAUGGCACCAGAAGUCAUCUCAAGAUUGCCUUAUGGUCCAGAGGUUGACAUCUGGUCGUUGGGCAUUAUGGUGAUAGAGAUGAUUGACAGUGAGCCGCCAUUCUUCAACGAACCCCCCCUGCUGGCCAUGAGACGUAUCAGAGACAUGCCACCACCGAAAAUAAAGAAUGCUCACAAGGUUUCUCCACGACUGCAAGGCUUCUUGGAUCGCAUGUUAGUGAGGGACGCCUCACAAAGAGCUACUGCAUUUGAACUGUUACAGCAUCCCUUCCUGAGGAACGCAGACAAGCCAAACUGCUUAGUGUCACUCAUGAGAAACUUUCGUAACAGCCCUUGCUGAUCAAAACUAGAAGACAUUGACAUAUGUAUUUUGUAAGAAAUGGUGCAGAUUUUAUGUACAUUAUUAUCAUAUCUUAGGUUAUGAACUAUUUACGUGUUUGUGCAUGUGGUUUUAAGAUUUAUUUUUUAAGGUUAUUUAGAAAAAUAGUACAUCUUGAAAUGUGAUUAUUAAAGUAAACUUAUCAGAUAUGAUCUGCAACACGUGAAAAUGAGUAUUAUGCCAUAUUUGACCACUGUAGCUCCAGACAAGCCUGCACAUUCAGGAUGUGUGGCCAGGAGCUACCCUGUCUGCUGAUGAAAACCCGAAACCUCUCGUGACUUUAUAGCCAACAUGGUAGCUCCGAACGAGACUGUGCAGGUGCCCAUGCUGGUCUGAAGCUACGCUGGCCCUAUAUGACAUGACAACCAUUUUCCCAUGACGCAUGUCAUAUAUGAAAAAAGAUAACAGGAUAUCUACCUGGUUGUCGUGAUUCUGAUUUAGGACAAGGUUGAACAUGUUGUAAGUGUGAAUCUUAUUGCGUUCUGUUAGGUGUAAUCAAGAUCAAUUUUGGGAAACUGUAACCAGAGUCAGGAACCUUUAAUAAGUAAGGUCAAAGGACCCCAAAAACAAAGCACUUGGAAACUACUGAUGGCUGAUAAAGAAACUAUUGAAAUGCAGUCUAUGUAUAUUAAACUCAUAGUUAAGUUGAUAGAAGUGCAUUGUUUCAAGUAUUCAAUUUUGUUAGUUUUACCAUGCAUUGACAGACCACAUAUUCAUAUGUACUGCAGUUGUUUGGAGCCCAUUUCAAUUUUGCUUCAUAUACAUGUGUUAACCAUUGAAUUUCCAUUUCUCGGCAUGACACCAUGAAAAUGCAAGAUGUUUUUUCAUUUGACAUACUUUAUGUGCUAUAUUCCUAACACAUCAUCUUUUUAUAAUAUUUUUCUUGUAUUUCAGUUUAUGUUUAAAGCUUUCUGUUGACCAUCAAAUAAGUUAAUCACAUUGACACUUGAACCUUGAUAAAAUUAGAGAGCAUUAUAACGUGAGUUGUGUGUAAUAUUUGGUUGUGAUUUUGUUUACAUAAAUAUUUCUUCUUAUUUCUUUAAUUAAAUUUUUUCCUGGAAUCUUGUCUUAAGCCAUGAGUUAUUAGUCUGAUAGUCAAAAUAUCCCAUUCCAUCAUUAAAUUAGCUCUGAAAAGAAUCUAAAAUGUGAACAUAUAUAUAAUAUAUAUACAGGCAUUUGAAAUAUUACCAGCUACUGGCAUUUCAUGGAUCCAUUCCUUUAUCAUUUAUAUGCACAUAUUGGCAAUGGUAUGAAAAUACCUAUAUGUCUAUACUUAAAACAUAUAUGAAAAGUCAGUAGUUCAUUGUUGUUUUUUCCACAUAAGUUUACAUCAAUCAAUUGCACGAAUUGCAUCUUAAAUGUAAGAAACAUUUUCUAAACAAUUGUUGAUUGACAGAAUGGUUCUUGUACACUGUAGAUGUGAUUGAUUUUUUUUAUGUGGAGAACCAAUGUGCUGACUACUUUAGCAUCUCAUAGGUUUCCUUAAAUAUUUGUUUUAGUUUUUAUACUAUGAUUUGCAUUUGUCCAACCUGUUGUUAUUUCCUUAAAUCUGUUUUGUUUGCUAUGUCUGUGCAUGGAGUGUCAAAUUUGUGAAGGCGUGUCUUUCUGAAGUGAUGGUUUUAAGUUAAUGAUUUUAUACAGUUAAGUUGCUUUUAUACUUAUUUUUUGUGUUACUAUUUUAUAGUCAUGUGCACUGUUUUAUUUGAUAUAAAUAAUAGCUCUUAUUAUUGUUUGAGGUAGAUAAUUUUCAGAGAUAUAUGGUGAGAUUUUUGUAGUGAAAUGUGAGAAUGACGUUCUUUUCUGUGGCUACUUCUGAUGUCAAAAAGUUUACAAAACAAUUAUUACACCUGUCCAAGAUAUAAAAAAAAUUAGCAUGCCACUCUAUACAUGAUAUUAAUAAGUGUGAUUUUUAGCUCCACUGUUUUCGGAGAAAACCCGAGGUAUUGUCAUAGCCUGUUUGUCCGCCAUCCACGUCAUGCUUAAACCUUAACAUUGGCUCUAAAAUCAAAAGUGCUUCCACCUAUAACCUUUAAACUUCAUAUGUAGCUGCACCUCGAUGAGUUCUACACGCCACACCCAUUUUUGGGUGACUAUGUCAAAGGUCAAGGUCACUGUGACCUCUAAUAUAAAACUUCAGACAAGCUUUCAUUUAUUAAAAACUGCACCCGCAGCCGAGGGUUGGCACUCGCUAUGCGGUGCUGUUGUUAAGCUUUGAAGUGUUAAGUUAAUGUCUGACGUUAAUCCAUAAUUUGUGUUUAUAUGCCAGUAUUAGUGCGGUCUUAUGUUUUUCAAAUAUCCGUAUAUUUCAGAAUAGGAUUUUGGUUUAUUGUAAGUUGUGUAUUUUUAUGUCCCCCACUAUAGUAGUGGGGGACAUAUUGUUUUUGCCCUGUCUGUUGGUCUGUUGGUCUGUCUGUCUGUUUGCGCCAACUUUAACAUUUGCAAUAACUUUUGCUAUAUUGAAGAUAGCAACUUCAUAUUUGGCAUGUAUGUGUAUCUCAUGAAGCUGCACAUUUUGAGUGGUGAAAGGUCAAGGUCAUCCUUCAAGGUCAGAGGUCAAAUAUAUGUGGCCAAAAUCGCUCAUUUUAUGAAUACUUUUGCGAUAUUGAAGAUAGCAAUUUGAAAUUUGGCAUGCAUGUGUAUCUCAUGGAGCUGCACAUUUUGAGUGGUGAAAGGUCAAGGUCAUCCUUCAAGGUCAGAGGUCAAUUAUAUGUGGCCAAAAUCGCUCAUUUUAUGAAUACUUUUGCAAUAUUGAAGAUAGCAACUUGAUAUUUGGCAUGCAUGUGCAUCUCAUGGAGCUGCUCAUUUUGAGUGGUGAAAGGUCAAGGUCAUCCUUCAAGGUCAGAGGUCAAAUAUAUGUGGCCCAAAUCGCUUAUUUUAUGAAUACUUUUGCAAUAUUGAAGAUAGCAACUUGAUAUUUGGCAUGCAUAUGUAUCUCAUGGAGCUGCACAUUUUGAGUGGUGAAAGGUCAAGGUCAUCCUUCACAAGGUCAAGGUCAUCAUACAAUGUCAAACAUCAUAUAGGGGGACAUUGUGUUUCACAAACACAUCUUGUUUGAGAUAUGCUUUCAAAUACUAUUGCAGCUAAUGUUGUUGAAAUUCACAAGUAGUUCAUUGUAUUUAUAUAUCACUGUUAAUACUUUCCCAUAUGUUACGAGGCUUAUUGUGACACCUUUUGGACUUUUAUACGGUACCAUACCACUCAUGUGAAAUUGCAUUUAGGACGGUUUUUAUAUUUUGAAUAUCCUGAAAGCCAACCUUUCUUUCAUAUUUUGCAUUUUUAAUCAAUCAUGCAAAUGACUCAUUUUGUAUCAUUUCAAAUGCAAUGUUGCGUAUAUCUCUAAUGUAUAUUUCUGUUUUGCUACCAAUUGCCCAUCUAGGGUACUCAGUUCUUAAUUUUUCUAGUUACUUAAUAUGAAAGUAGUACUUAGUGUAAAGCUCGAAUAGACACAUCAUAGUAUGUUACAGUUUAUUAUAACUUGGUUUUGUUGAACCAACAGCAAAGGUACACACAUCAACAGUGACCUGCUUAAGGGUAUUUGCAAUCCCAAAUAUAUGGGGUAGGACAUAUGAGCCAUUCUCUGCGAAAAGCGGGCUUAAUACAUGUGUGAACAGUAUCGUCCCAGAUAACCAUGUGCAGUCCUAGAACAUAUUUGAAAAAGCUACAUUGUUACUGAUUCCAAGUACACUUUAAAAGAAUGCAAAAUUACAAAAUUCAAUUUGGUGAGCUGCAUUUCACUUCCAUUUAAAUGUAGAUAACACUGUAUAUAUGUACAGCACUAUGAUAAUAUAUGAAAUGACAUAGUAUAUAAAUAUAUAUAUAUAAAAGUAAUUAUUUCUUUUGAACAAAUGUAUUAUAAUUAUUCAUCAUUUAUUUGCUUAUUAUUUUAGUCAUUAUAUCUAGUACGCCUUUUAAUAACUAAUCCACAUUUUUAGUUUCCAUAACUGUGUUGUAUAUUUUUCAUUUAAUGUUUCCGAUUGGUUUUAAUUAGUGAUGGAUAGUAAAAAUACAGAAACAAGCUGUAUUUUCUAUGUGAAUCUUAAUCACUAAUUUCUUGAACAAAUUGCCCUUUGGAAGAAGAAUUCAUGCCUGUAAAACCAUUUAUUAAAAAAGUCUUUAUUUCUUUUAACCCGUAAGUUUCUGUUUGCAAAUGUAUGUUAUAUAAUCUUCUUUUAAGGCAAUAAUACUGUUUCUUAUAUAUCAGUCUUUAUUUUAUUAAAAUCAAACAUAUUUGUUUGUGUUGUCAAUUAAUAGUUUACUUGGUCAGUUUGUUUCUUAAAAGAGUAAAUAAUUUCAAGACACUAUUAUUUACAAUAAAAAUGCUUUAUUUUCACUGUUUAUAUAGCACCCAAAAAGGUGCCAAUGUUACAACUUGAUUAUCCUAAAUAUUAUUAAAUGAAACAAUAACUUUCAACAUUUGUACUUUAAAAACAGAUUAUUAUGUAACAAUUAUUUCUGUGCAUUUAAGUUAAUAGUGUAGUUUAAUGCAUUCCAUUUUAGAUACAUGUGCAUGUCAAUUAAUUUUUAUGUAUACAUUCACAAUUUUCACAUAGUGUAAAUAAUACGUUUUAUAGUUCUGCAUUAUUCUGUCAACAUUUUACAUACUGUACAAAAUAACUUUAUAUGCAGUCUAUACCAGAUGGUUAUGGAAAAAUAAAUAUUUUAUAGCAUUG